AAAAAAACCUAUUAACAGGAUUUUUAUGAAUUUUUGCAGUUGUAUUUUCGUUUUCAGAUCUUUAGUUUUUUCCUUACACUCCAAUUGACCUAUAAAAUAACACUAAUAAAGAUUUGAAAUUUCUGCUGAAUGGAUCGAAGCCUGGUCUGUUUUAUAUGUCAAAAUAUUGACUCGAAUGACAUUUAUUUUCUCGCAAAUUUUAGUUGAAAUUCAAAUUGGGGCCUUUCUUCUUAAAUAUAGUUGGAAACGUGCACAGUAUAAUUUUUAAACACAGACGCUGCUAGCAAUUUUGCGUGGUUUGCGCUUUCAUCGACAAGCAUUGUUCAAGCAUGUACCAAUCGAUUGAAUCUCGCAUCUCACUUCCGAUUUGAAUAAGGGAAUUGUAGUAAAUCGUGCGAAUAUUGCUGCACGAGAAGUGAAAAGAGAAAGUAAAAAUUUUAAAAUGCCACUUCCAGCUGCAUUGGCUGCACGGCUUGCUAAAAGAGGACUCAUCACUGGCUCUGAAAAACACGAUUGUGCGAAGAAAGAGCCAAAGAAGAAGAUUCAUGAAGAAGUAAUAGCUGAAGAUUAUGACAGCACAAAGGACGACAUUAAUCAAAUAGACAUAUCACAAAAGUUUAUGGGAUACAGUGGCUGCCCUAAUAAAUAUAAUAUUUAUCAUGAAUGCACAAAGAAAUGCAAGGAAUUGUGGGGUCUUGGACAUGUACAACCCUCUGACAAAUACUUGAAGAAACAGAUAAGACUGAUACAGAGGUAUCCUUUGCCAGAAACUUGGAAAGCUGUUUAUGAUCCUGGAUCUGGUCAACAUUAUUACUGGGAUUGGUCGUCCGAUUUGGUAUCUUGGUUACCACCGGGUCAUCCAAAGUGUCAGAUAUCUCAGCCAGCUUCUCAAUUGAGGGAAGAGUUGCAUCUGAAAGCAGCAGACCAGGAUGACAAUAUGUCCAGUGACGAUAGUGGCAGUGAACAAGAACCGAUGGAAGUGGAGGAACCGGAGAUAAAGAAGGAUAAAAAGUCAGAAAACAGAUCGAGACAUAAGUCGGUAGAUAAUAAAAGAAAUCAAAGGUUAGAAAGAUCCGAGAGUAAAGAGAAGAAAGACAAAACUUUGGAUCCUAUGGAUCCAGCAUCUUAUAGCGAUAUUCCAAGAGGGAAAUGGUCCGAUGGUUUAGCAAGGCACAACGAAGCUAAAACAGGAGCAGAUACAACUGCUUCGGGGCCACUUUAUCAAAUGAGACCGUAUCCUAGUCCAGGUGCGGUUCUGCGAUCGAAUAGGGCCAAUAAGAUAGAAUCUGAAUCAUCUAACAAGCCUAAAGUAUCGUGUCCAGAGAAACCGGAAUAAAUUUCUUUUUUUCUAUACCUUCGGUGUAUUAUAUGCUUAUGUUUAUUGUACACAUCUAAUGUAAAUAUAGGAUAACUUGUGAAAUUUGCCAAUACUUUACUUGCUACAUCGUCUGUGAACGUGUAAAUGAACAAUUAAGUUCAAAAUUUUGCCAUUUUCACUUAUUAAAUUUCUUAACAAGACUUUGAUUUAUUUUUUUUUUAUUAAAAAUUAUAAUUCAACAUUUUAUUUGAUCAGAAGGAGAAAGUUUUAUUUAACUAAACAAAUCACUAAAUUUUUAUGGUCAAAUUUAAUUUGAAGAUCAAUGACACGAAUGUAUUUCUUUGAUUUAAAAAAUGAUAACAAAUCUUAAAUCCAUGUUAACGUUGGGAUUCUUCGAUGUAAUUGCGUUUGCAAAUUUUGUCAAAUAUAAAAAAGUUGAUAUAUGUGA